AAAUCUCUCGCUUUUUCAUUUUUAUUUUUAAUUUCUAUUUCUAUCUAAUAUCUUUAAUUAGACAAAUAGUAAAUAUAGCCAAAUUCUCUAUCUGUGUUCUCUCUCUCUCUCUCUUUCUUCUAUUUCUACAACUUGGGUUUCUUUCUCUCUCUAUGAAGAAGUAGGGGAGAGAAGAGAGAGACUUUGAAGAGGUGUGGAUCUGAGAAGAAAAGGAGAAGGAGAUCUGACUGGGUUUUAAGCCUAUACUCGGAAUUGAGGGCCCUUUAAUCUAAAAAAGAGGGGUCGUCUUUCUCUAUCUAUAUCUAUAUUUUUCUCUUUUUGUGCUGCUUCUGUUUUCUUUCCUGUUACUGGAUUGUGUUGUGAGGCUACUCUUUGGUUGGAAUUAUGGGUGUCGAAGUUGUGGGAUUUGAGAUGGUUGAAGGACCAGUGGAGACUGUAACUGGAGGAGACAAACCUGUUUUGCAUGAGAAGGAAAAUGGGAAACUGGAUCAAGCACCUGAAACCAUAAAAUUUGGGUCACAUGGUGAAGAACUGGUUAAAGAGGAGGAGAAUGGCGUUUCUGAUUCUAACUUUCCAAGGGAUGCAGUAGAUGAAUGGCCUGCACCUAAGCAGAUCCAUUCUUUCUAUUUAAUCAGGUACCGGCCAUAUGAUGAUCCGAAAAUAAAAGCUAAAAUUGAUCAGGCCGCUAUAGAGAUUGAAAAGAGGACACAAGCCAGGCUUAAGAUCACCGAUGCCUUGAAGGCAAAGAGGUCUGAUCGCUCGGAGUUGAUUGCUCAAAUUAAAGCUUUCAGAGAUGACAACAGGCAGUUCAAGACAAUUGUGGAUGAGAAAAUUAAGGAGAUUGAACCUCUGCAGCAAGUAUUGGGGAAGCUGCGCAGUGCGAACAGUGCUAGUCGGGCUGGUGGUUUAUGUUCAUCUGAAGAAGAGCUUAAUGGUGUUAUCCACAGCUUGCAAUACCGCAUUCAACACGAGAGCAUCCCGUUGUCUGAGGAAAAGCAACUCCUUAGAGAAAUCAAGCAACUUGAGUCGACAAGGGAGAAGGUUAUUGCUAAUUCUGCUUCGAGAGCAAAGAUUCAGGAGUCGAUGGUUCAAAAAGAAGCCCUUCAAGACCAGGUUAAACUUAUUGGUGGAGAUUUGGAUGGAGUGAGAAAGGAGCAACAAGCAGUGAGGGCCAAGAUUAAGCAGCUUGAUGAUGCAGUGAAGGCAAUAGACAAGGACAUUGCAGCAUUACAAGAUGAGCUGACAGCUAUUACUGAGAAGAGGGAGAAAGCACGCGAAAGCAUUCAACAUCUGAGGAAACAGCGUGACGAGGGGAAUUCUUAUUUCUAUCAAAGUCGUACACUCUUGAAUAAAGCCAGAGAGCUCGCUGCUAAGAAAGAUGUCAAGGCCCUUGAAGAUCUUUCUUAUGCAGAGGUUGAGAAAUUUAUGGCCCUCUGGAACAGUGACAAGGCACUUAGGGAUGAUUAUGAGAGAAGAAUAUUGCCAUCAUUGGAUAGUCGGCAAUUGAGUAGGGAUGGGCGAAUGAGGAAUCCAGAUGAGAAGCCAUUGGUAUUAUUGGAAGAACCAGCACGACCUCAAGUAGAGACACCGGCAAAAGCUCUUCCAAAACAAGUGAAGGAGGAGGCCAAAUCCCCUCAAGUAGAUGCUCUGCCCACUAAGAAGGUCCAAAAAGAAAAUAAAUCUAAAACAGCAGAUUCAAAAUCCACCACGGAGCACAUUGAUGUAGCAGACAAGGACAUCGUCUUUGAAACGCUUCCAAAGGAAGCUCCUGUCAGACAGAAUGAGGUUGAUGCUGCAAAGUUGAAGGAAAUAAAAAGAGAAGAGGAAAUGGCAAAAGCUAAACAGGCCAUGGAGCGGAAGAAAAAGCUGGCUGAGAAAGCUGCAGCUAAAGCAGCCAUAAGGGCUCAAAAGGAGGCUGAAAAAAAGAACAAGGAAAUUUUUUACUUUCUUUGUUAUUGCUUUCGCGAAAAGAAGGCGAAGAAGAAGGCUGCGGCAUCCACACCCGAUGCCAAUGUGGAGGAGCCAGAAGAAACUGUUGGAGAGACUGCAGAACAACCAGAGAAGGCAAAUGAAAAUGUUGAAGCGCCAGUUGCAGUGAAAGAAAAGGUUCCAAAGGAGAGUAGCACCAGGUCCAGAUAUAGGACAAAAGGGCCAGAGUCAGUUCCAAAAGCCUUACUGAAGCGUAAAAAGACUACCAAUUAUUGGAUGUGGGCUGCUCCUGCUGCUGUGUUAGCUGUGGCGCUUCUAGUGUUCCUAUAUUACUAUCAGAUGAGGAAGAAAACUUUAACCUAAGUAGAAGAGUUAUGAGCCAAUAUUUUCUACUCGUUAAAGCUUUUUGAGUGAGUAGGUGAUGUAGUAGUUAAAGAAAGUUUAUUCCCUGUUCUUUUACAUCCUUUUGCCAGGAUGGAUGUUACUCAUAAUGUUGGUGUUAGCUUAGUCAGAAUAUUUUUUUUUUCGAGGGAGAUGAAAUACAUUUUGUUUGGUUUUAUUGUAUUUUCAAAUUUUGAUUUGCUGA